AUGGUCCUUUCCCCCAGUGACCAAAUAGCAAGUGUGAAAGAUCAGGGGAGCAACCGGCCCCGCCCUCAGCAGCUCCCCACGGGGUCCCCCUUAGCGCCCCCACCCACCACCUGCUGGGGACUGGCCCUGCCCCAGGAGGUCUGGCUCUACCCCACUGCUCUCUGCCCCAGGGCCCCCCUGCACCCUCCCCCCAGCCCAGAAGGGGCUUUGUUUACCUACGAAGGCAACAGUAAUGACCUGCGCGUCGCUGGCACUGGCGAUGGCGGCCUGGAGGAGCUGGUGGAGGAGCUCAGCAGCGGGAAGGUGAUGUAUGCUUUCUGCCGGGUGAAGGAUCCCAACUCCGGCCUGCCCAAGUUUGUCCUCAUUAACUGGACGGGCGAAGGUGUGAACGACGUGCGAAAGGGAGCCUGCGCCAACCACGUCAGCACCAUCGCGAACUUCCUAAAGGUACAGGCAUGUUUCAGUCGGCUCUCCCUGAGCCCUCCCCGUUGUUCCAGCUCUGCAGCUCUGUUCUUCCUGCUGGGAAAGGGCAGGCCUGAGAGAGGAACAACCGAUCCUGGUUAUAUAUUGUCUCAGCUGCGUGCUUCUCUUGGCCACUUCCAGGGCUCUGUCUACCAGAAGACAAACGCCAUGUCUGAAAUCAAGAGGGUCGGCAAAGAUAGCUUCUGGGCCAAAGCAGAGAAAGACGAGGAGAACCGCCGGCUGGAGGAGAAGAGGCGAGCAGGGGAGGAGCAGCAGCGGCUGGACAGGGAGCGCCGGGAACGGGAGCUGCAGGAGGCAGCCGGGAGGGAGCGAAGGUUUAAGGAGCGAGCCAGCGAGAUCGAUGCUCAGAAGAAAUACCAGCAGCAGCAGGAUGUGGAGAACAGGGACAAGGAGAAGGAGCAAUGGAAGGAGCAGGAAAAGGAGCAUCAAGCUGCCCAGCGGAGGGGCCUGCGGAGGAGCGAGGAAGCGGCAUCGCUGAUCGCCCAGAGAUCCAUGAACCCACGGGACAUCUUCAAGCAGAAGGAGCGGUCGAUGCCCUCGGACGCAGCAGCCUUCGGUUCCCACCCAGGUGAGGCAAUGCCCCGAGCGCUGCAGCGGGGGGGGAAGGAGGCUGGGGUCCGUACAUCCCUGCCUCACAUUCUGCCUCUGCUGUCGUGGGGCGGCAGGAGGAGGCAGGGGCAGCCCCUGGGCCAGGCCUCGGGAACGCUCACGAGCACGGGGCGGUGGAGUGCAAAGCGGGCGCUUGCCAUUUGUGCUCUUCUCCGACAAGCUCGCCUGGCAGGCCUAGUGCGGGUCUCUCUCCCUUCCUUCCCAGGCAAGCUGCGGAGCCCCUUCCUGCAGAAGGAGAGCAGCCCGGUCCAUGCUCCUGCCUCUCCGGUCCACUCCUCUGCCCAGGACUUCCAUCCACCCUCCCUUGUCCAUCCCCCUGCUCAGGAGACACCGCCAGCCUCUCCGGCUCCUAGCUCAGGUGAUGCUGCCGUGCAGGACGCCGGGUACAGAGUAGCCCGCCCGGUCUCCCCCCCGCAAGUGGAAGAGGAAUCCCUGUAUGAGGAACCGCCUGAGGAGUCGGCUGUCUACGAAGAGCCCCCCACCCUGGAGCAGCUUGAAGAUGCCAAAUACGAGUAUGCUGUGGAGUACCAGCAGCAGCCGGACUUGGAGGGGAAGGGGCUAUGCGCCCGAGCGCUGUACGACUAUCAGGCUGCCGACGACACGGAGAUCUCCUUCGACCCUGAGAACAUCAUCACCAACAUCGAGAUGAUCGACGAGGGCUGGUGGCGUGGCUACGGCCCGGACGGCCACUUCGGCAUGUUCCCUGCCAACUACGUGGAACUGAUCGAAUAAGCAGCCGCUGGGGGAAGGGGCGGGGAGCGCUGACCCCGACCGCGGCUGCGUGAAAUCGGGUUCUCCAGGGUUGGAAUUGUGUGGUUGUUGGGCAGCAAGUGUCAUUGCCGUCUCCCCUGGCACCCCAGCAAUGCUCUGCUGCCCUCUUUCCCGGUGAAGGUCUGAAAUGAGCCAGGGCCAUCUGCAUCCCUUCUCCACAUUUCACUCGAGUGCUGAUACCUUUCCGGGGGAGGGGCGGGGGUGUGUUUAGUUCCCACUGCAUUUGAGGGGGGAAUGAAAGGGAUUAAUCCCUGUGGUAACUGAACACUGUGGAGCAUGUCAUGGUGUGGCAGCAUCUUGCACAACUCCUGAACAGCGGUCAGGUACAGAGCUGGGUUAAGGAUCUGUACCAUGCAUGCAUAGGACCAAUGUUCCAUUUACCAGUACGUCCCAGAGGGUUUGCCUCCCCAGGGACUAGCAACCAGUGCACAGUCACACUGGUGGGGAAGGCCUAGAUUUCCUGAGGUGCACACGGCCGACUUUUCCUCCUGCUUGCUGGCUCAGAAGAGCUGCAGGGCUUUUCUUCCUCCGUUCCAGAAAGCCCUGCUCGGAGCUGAGCUCCGGCACGGGAAAGCCGCUGCGCAAAGGAGACUCUUGUGCGGAAUUUAGCAAGGUGAACGUAGGCUUUAUAACCAACCCCCCUGCUCAGUCGUGUUCCCUGCCUUAGACGUAAUCCAGUAACUAUCACUGUGCCCUGGAAGCACUGGGGAUCCAAACGUAGCUAUUCCCACCCUCCCUCUCCCCCGCUACAUGUUUACCUCCCUUACAAUGCUUGAAAAACAAUCCUCUGUCUAAAGCUGCUGGAGUCUGUUCCCCAGCCCUGACUAGCCCCCUUGCAGCUGCGAGAGAGAGAGAGAAUGUCCUGGCUGCUCCAGCCUGCCCCCUCCCGCCCCAACCCACUGCAGCUGCAGGGAGAAUGACUCCCAGCCGGUUGUGCCAUUCCGGCCGCGUGAGCGCUGACCGCCGGGGGUUACAUUCCUUCCCGUCUGCUCAUCCUCCCUGGGGCCCCAGCCUCGGGGUCUUGUGCCUGGGAGGACCUCCCCUCUCGCUCACCUUUCCCUUAGGAGUGCCGAUGGAAACAAUAAAGGGCUUUUCUGUGGUGAUGGCUGCA